UAAAUCGAAAGGAGCCCAGUACAUAUAUACUUCGACGCGAUGAGGCCCAAUAGGUGAUUCCGGGCAAAAAUUCAAGUUUUUACACGUUUCUACUCCAGAGCAAGAAACUGUUUCUAUGGCUUCCGAUUCUCCGAUUGCUUCUCGUAAAGUCGUUGUACAUCUGAGAGCUACCGGUGAUGCUCCGAUUCUCAAACAAGCCAAAUUCAAGAUUGCUGGAACUGAUAGAUUUUCUAAGGUGAUUGAUUUUCUUUGUCGCCAGCUUCACAGGGAGACUCUGUUUGUGUAUGUGAACAGUGCCUUUUCUCCAAGUCCAGAUGAACUAGUGAAUGAUCUGUAUGAUAAUUUUGGAUUUGAUGGUAAAUUGGUGGUGAACUAUGCGUGCUCUAUGGCUUGGGGCUAAAGUUGAUCAUUUACAGCUGUAAUAAUUCAUUGAUUGGGAAUUACAUUUGGUAAAUUUAGGUAAUCUUCUUGCUUGUAUUCAUAGUUGUUUUAAGAAGAUGAAAUUUGUAAAAUGUUUGAUCGACUCUUUAGAUUGGAGUUUAUUCAUUUGAUUGGUGACUUUGUAAUUGAUACUCGUAGCAUAAUUCAAAAGAAUUUCCUAAUA